UUGCCAAAACGAGUUAAUUGCUUUCUACAGCCCUAGCAAUAGUUUACAAGAUGGAUGCUUCCGACGACAUAACAGAUGAAUUGCUGACACUACCCGGCUUCAUACGCCGCAAUCUGCUACUUAUGCGAGAGCUAGAUGUCAAGUUCAUAUCGCUACUGGAGAGUGCUAAGAGCCGUGAGAAUGAAGUUCUGUCAACGUUUACCGAUACCCCGUCUGAAGCCGCGUCUACUGCCGAGACCAAGGUGGAGUCAUCGCCGUCACCCUUGCGGCGUCAGGGCUCUGAUGGUGAUAAAAGCGCAGCAGGUACUUCCAAGAGUCGUGCAAAGGGCAAGCAGAGUACCGAAAGUAAGUCCAAGGCUGCUAACUCAGAAUCAAAACGCCAGUGUCGCGGUUCAUCGGCAAGUUCUAACGCCACUUCUGCAACUGAUAGUAGCCCACCUGCUGCACCACCGUCGUGUAUUGACCCUGCUACCCAAAAGGAGAUUGAUGCAAUACAAAGUCUACGUAUGGAUGCUAUGCAUUUAAUGUAUGAAAAACUAGCUAUAAACGACCAGGUAACAUCUAUGUUAAAGGGUGAAUACGAGAAUUUGAAGAAUGUAUUUGACAAUAUGUACCGUGAAAUGGAGAAUGCAGGUCAGAUGACGGAGAAGCUGCGCGCUUCCUUUACUGUCGCCAAAUCUAAAUCACCAAAGAACAUGGAUGCACUUAUAUCGUCUACUGAAAAGGAUAUACUGGGCACUGUAGAGGGGUCAACCAUAUCGGCAUCCAAUGACCCCGAAACCAGUACACCGAGCAAAGCGUUAAUCAACGGCGUAACGAACAGCGCACUCGCUUUGAAGGAUGACGGGGUGGAAUCAUGUGAUUCAACAAUUAUUUGAGCUAGAGAACAAUAACUCGUUGUAACGUUCCCGUUAAAUAGUGCUU